AUGUCGGGAACAGCCGACAGCGACAGCGAGAUCAGCGGGCGAACCCAACAGAGCCCCCUCGCUCGGCAUAGAGCUGCCAAUGAUGGCCAGAAGAAGGGCAGAUUUGAGAACAUGUUCCCAAUGACCUACAAAGAAGGUUUCAGCCAGUGGUGGUGCGCGCCAACGGCAGCGCAGACCGAACACAAGGUCCUGUCAUAUGUUCCGUAUCUCCAGAAACCUCCAACACACACUCAGACUGGCUCAGAACCACCUUCGGUCAACCCUUCAGCAGUAUCAUUAAACAACGAUCCGGCGGCAAAAGCCGCCCCUGUCCGGACGAACUCCAUCAACGAUCCAUACGGUCCGCGAACAUGGUACUCCCGUAUGGUUGAGCUAUCAGGGAAGCACCGAGCGCUCAACGAAUUCUCCGUCGAGCGAAACCAGGAGCCAACGGAGCAGAAUCUCGUUAUAAUACAUGGGUACGGAGCCGGUCUGGGGUUCUUCUACAAGAACUUCGAGCCGCUGUCCCGUGCAAAGGGCUGGCAGCUAUACGCCCUGGACAUGCUGGGAAUGGGCCGCUCGUCACGGCCACCAUUCCGGAUUCACGGCAAGACCCGGGAGCAGCAGAUUACCGAAGCCGAGGAUUGGUUCGUAGACUCGUUAGAAGAAUGGCGCAAGAAGAAGAGGAUCGACAAGAUGACCCUCGUUGGGCACUCAAUGGGCGGCUACAUGGCUGUUUGCUACGCUCUGAAGUAUCCUGGAAAUCUCAAUAAGCUCAUCCUGGCAUCUCCUGUCGGUAUCCCGGAGGACCCCUAUGCAGUUCAAGCAGCCAUGCCCGAGCCACCUGAAUCUACACUCGCGAACGAGUUCACGCAAGAUCAAGAGACCGAGACCGUUCAGACCGACAACAACAACUUUCUCAAUGCUCGCAAGAAAGCCGAGGAGGAGCAACAAAGACGUGGCUCCCAACCAAGUCAGAAGACGUCGCCUGACGCCCCUCCCCGGCGCAUCCCUAAAUGGGUCACCUACCUCUGGGAUGCCAAUGUCUCGCCGUUCUCGCUCGUUCGUUGGUCUGGCCCCCUCGGCCCACGGCUGGUGUCAGGCUGGACGUCUCGCCGUUUCUCACACCUACCUCAGGAGGAGGCCGAGGCUCUGCACGAUUAUUCUUACAGUCUGUUCCGGCUACGUGGGUCCGGCGAGUACGCGCUUGCAUACAUCCUCGCUCCGGGCGCCUUCGCGCGGUCGCCCUUAAUCCGCAGAAUACAAGGCCUCGGCCGCCAGACUUUGCCAAACGGCACUCAAGAAAGCGGACUGCCAGUCGUUCUGAUGUACGGCGAGAACGAUUGGAUGGACAUCAAGGGUGGGUAUGCCGCCAAAAGGAAGAUCGACGCGGAACGUGAACGCGCAUUGGAGGGGAAGAGCGAGGAAGAGAGGAAGAACGACCAGGGCGGUGCAAAGGUCGUUAUCAUCAAGAAAGCAGGUCAUCAUGUCUAUCUUGAUAGCCCAGAUCAUUUCAACGAUGUGAUGAUGGGGGAGAUGAAAGACGUCGAAGAAAGAUCAAAGGGUUUGAGACGAGGAAGUGCGAGCGGCUGGGAGGUCGUGGAUCCGAGCACAGAGGAGACACAACAUGAUGUAAGAUAUUGA